AUGUCAAACCCCUACUGCAAGGUCACAACCCAAGUGACUCAACCAAGCAGUAUCCCCGAAUGCAUUCCAUUGUGCUGCAGGUGGUGUGCGGCGGUCGGUUAGCGCAGACCGCGUGCAUUCAGGACACACAGAAUCCCUGUUGGUGGUGGGCUGAGGAGUGGGAGGUCACACUACCCGAGAACCUCGACUACGCGAAGGAUGUCACGGUGAGGGGUUGCGUCGCGUCAGCAGCAGUGAGACAUGCAAUUUAAUAUUGUUGUCUGUCUGUUCACUACAGGUAGACAUAUAUGACCAUUCGGGCAUCGUUUCGAGCCACAACAAGCUGUGCGGGACCAAGUGAGUCAAGCCAUGGGUGCAAUAAGACAGACAUGCUGCCUGAGGAUCUUCCUGUGGGGUGGGGUGGGGUAUGUGUCUUGUCAGAGUGACGGUGACGACGAUUCCCCGCGAGUGGGUGGAUGAGCCCGUCUGGCUGAACCUCACUGCCCAAUCAUUCUUCUGCGAUGUGAGAAAGAGGACGAGGCAUGACGAUGUAAACGCGCAACCUAUAUUAUGUCUCGUGCAGACGAAGCUAUUGUGCUGCUUUGAGCUGCUGCCGAAGGACGAAGAAGAGCGGUAUCCGUUCUAUCCAGAGAUCCGUGUGAGAGGGGAAGCGUGACCACACCUCUGCUGCCUCUCAAUGUGACUGUGGCCCUCUCAUUUGCUUCACCCAGCCCGAGACUCAGCUGUGGUACGUGGAGCUGCUGCUAAUCGGUGUUCGGCUCAAGAAGGAUGAGGGACGACAGCCGAUGGUCGAGGUGCGGUACGAGCCUGACGAAGGAUCGGCAUGGACAGUCCGCACACGGCGGCCACUCAAGGGUCGGCCGGGGCAGCGCAACUUCAACUACCUGCAGAUCUUCCAGACAGAGCUGUCACUGCCCAAGGACAUUAACUACCAAAGGUACCUGGAGGUGGUCGUCAUCGAGCCUGCGUCGGGCCUCAACCUCACCGACACCGUCCUGGGUGCCACCUACAUCCACCUCACCCCCUCACUGCCCGGACUGUCUCGCACUGCGAGAGAGAAAUUGCGACAGACCUUCCGGCCGAAGACAUACGAAGAGCUGAGACAUGAGAGCAUUGCAGCCAAGAAGGUAUGGAUGGGUACAUGUGUCGUCUCUACUCUUUGUGCUGUAAUGUACUCGCCUCUUCGUGCUGCAGAGGGACGUUGAGAAAGGUGCCGAGGAGGCCGAUGGUGAGGAAUUCGAGCUGCCAGGAAAUGACGAAGAAAAACUCAAAGAGCUUGAGGUACAUACAUAUACGCAACUCCGCCACAUGGUCGGUUCCCAUGCAUAUAUUGAUGCUGUGGUCUGCAGGUCUGCAGGCAAGAGGGCCGUUAUCUCCCGAUAGAGAACCCGAAGCUCUUGAACACCCGCUUCAUCGGCCAGGGUGAGUUCGUCAAGCGACGGCAGCCAGGCACGUUCGUUGUCAGCGGAGAAAAGCAAUGCGAUGUGAGCCACUGGAUAGAACGCUGCGCUGUCCUUAGACAGAGCAAUCGAUAGAUGUGCUCCGUCUUAGGCGGAGGCGUUUGAUGCUCAACUGACGGCAUUUGAGUGGCCGGUGGAGAUGGCAAGCCCAUCUCUCGCAGCCACGCCCAGCAUCGAACGCCCCGAGCUGGCGAAUGUGCUUGAGAGCGAUCUGCCUGGCGAGCUGUGCCCCUUCCAGGUGGCCUACUUCGCAAGGGCCUCUCAGGGCGGCUGCUGGCUUUGGGUGAGUGGGUGCCGGAGACAGUCGGCUAUCUCCUCUACAACUGCAAGAUCAGCGAGGAGGGCUUCAACGAGUACGAGGAAGACGAUGUCAUGAAGGCUUUCCCAGCGAGCACUGGCGGCAAGCAAGACGCGGUUCGCCCAUCCACUGCCGAGACGACCGCAUCGUGGUUUGGGAGCUUUAUGGGGUUCGCCAGCAGCGGCGCAGUGCCAAAAUCUGACCAUCACACAGACGAGGAAGCAGCUUCUCAGCAGAUGGGUGAAGAUGAAGGGCAGAACGAAACGAGCGAAGAGAGUGGGAACGAGGCGGCCAACACGGCAAGGAGCAAGGUGGCGUUCGCUGCGCCCAGCGAGUCUCGUGUGCCGACGAAGCGGCGGAAGGACCAGAGCAUGUUCGACAGGCUGGAUGAGCUGGAGGGAGACUGGAACAAACUCAAGGCUCACAUACGGGAGAGCGCUGAGUUCAUCCUCCGGGUCUAUCUGCUGUCGGCCCACGGCCUGACCUGCAGCUCACACAAGCCCUCUGUCUACCCUAUGUAAGUAAGCUAGCGAGACCAAGAAGGAGGGAGGGUUGCCAUGACACGUCAGGGAUUGUUUUGGUUUGUUCUGUCAGAGUGUCGAAUCUGGAGGAGACUUUUGUGCAGACUUCAGUCAAGGAGGACGAGGGCGUCUUCUUUAUCAACGACACCAGAUACGCCAGGAAACAGGGCAUCGAGCCAGGUAGAAGGACACACAGGCAUACGAAGGCACCGCCGGCUCCCCCGUCUGCUUGCGUUGCGUGGGCAUCAGAGUUUCAGAAGUGCUAUGUCCUCAACUGUUCGUUCCCCGAGUGCGCGACCCUCCAGAUCCGCCUGAUGAAGCGCAAUACCCUGCUCUAUGAGGAAGAGAUCGGUCGGACCACCAUCGACUUGGAGCGCCGAUGGUUCAACGUCAAGUGGCAGAAAUGGAUGGAGGACAACAAGGUGCCCAUCGAGGCACGGCCGCUGCUGCUCGUGACGACCGGCAGCGCGGGGAGCGACGAGGGCGGGCUGACUGUCGCCCGAGGGGCACUUCGUUUGUGGGUUGAAAUACUCAUGAAGCAGCAGGUGGCCAAGCGGCCAAUCGAGGCCCUCCCGAGCCCUGAUCCCGAAGAGUGGGAACUGAGGGUGAGAAGACGAUGAAACUGGCUGGCGAAGCUGUGCACUACUUGUUUCUGUCUCAGGCAGUGGUUUGGCGAGUGAAGAAUGUCAGAAAGGAGAACCAGGACUCCGUAUGUAUCUUCGUCAAGGGGUCGUAUACGAACGACACCAACCACAGCCUUGAGCAGGUGUGGAACGUUUCCCUUCCUCGGACACCGCCAGCAUGCCUCAAUCAAUGUGCAUUUGAGUGUCGUGUGUCUCUCUUCUCUUAUGCAGACGACCGACACGCAUUACAAUUCCAAGGACGGCACUGGCCAGUUCAACUGGCGGUGGGUGUUUCGCGUAACGAGCCCCUCCGUCUACCCCGUCCUCAAGGUGCAGCUGUGGGAGUGGGGCCUCACGGGGUCCGCACCGCUCUCGGAGACUACCAUCGACCUCACUGCAGACCUCGCAAGAGUAAACGGCAGCCAGCAUGGACACAGACACAAAGCCGACACUUCACACACUCUGCACUGCAAUGUGUGUCGCGUCAGGCUAAGCGCAGCAAAGCGUCGCUGCACAAGGAGAGGACAUGGGUUCACUGCACUCACCCAGCGUACCCAGGAGAGGUAGGCAGAGCAAGACAUUUGUCUCAUGUCUCACCUGACGACAGACAAAUGUGUGGAUGCAGUCCCGCGGGUCAGUGGAGCUGGAGCUGUGGUACGUGCCGGGCGAUGUGGGGCUCCACAACCCUGUGGGAAGAGGUUGGGAGGAGCCCAACAGGGAUCCCUACCUCGAGCAUGUCACCGAGAACCGGGACUACCUCAACACUGCCGCCCUCCUCAAGUCAGUCACUCAUGUGAUGGAUGCUGUGUGUCUCGAUGAAAUCACGCGCUGGUGGAUUCUGUCGUCUGCGUGUCUUGAUUGUUGCACUCACUAGGACGGUGGGUGACAUCGCCGGCACAGUGGUCGCGGGCGCAAAGUGGAUGACAAUCGCAUAUGUAAGACGAAAAUACACUUCGGUGGUCGGGGCUGGAAGGAGCGACAAACUCUCUUGUGUCUCUAUUUACAUCCGCAGAUAGUGGCUGCCUGGGCUGGGGGUGCCGUUUUACAUCGUCAUGCUGGUCCAGACUCUUAA